UGUUAUAUGUCUUAAAAUGUCUUAAAAUAAUUUUUUCGUCUUUUAACUUUAAAGUGUUUUAAAAGGUUACAAGUUACAACUUAGUGCUUUGUGCUUAUAAAGUCAGUUACUACUCAUCACUUGAUAGUACUUGGGUGUUCUAAGUUCUUUUCUUGCCUUAUGCAAAUAGGCAUGAAGUAUGAUAUCCUAAGCCUUUAAAAGAGUUCAAUUGGUCUUUGAAUUGAAGUUUCUUGAUAGCACAUAUUCAAUAGUAAUUAGUCUGGUGUUUCAGUGAAAACCUUUAUUUGAAUGUUAAUUGAUUAACCACAAUCAUAUUAUAACUAAAAUUAUAUUAAAAUGAAUGAAGAAGAGCAAAAUACUAAUUCAUUGAAUGUUUGUAAUGAAUUUGAUAAAACUAGUAGUUCACCAAAUAACACAACUUUUCAUAGUUUUAAUAACAUGGACAUUAGUCAAUCAGUCUUGGAAAACGACUUCAAUCGAAAUCUCAAUGAUCCUGGAAAAUACUUUGAUUUGCAACGCAUGAUCAAUGAUCAAAAAAAUGUAACAAUGGCUUUAAAAAUCUCUGAGUAUGAAAAAGCAUUAAGUGAAAGGGAUUAUACCAUUCAAUCCUUGCAUACAAAUAUGAUGAAUUCUCAAAAUAACAACUACGUUCUGAAUAAUCAGUGCAAGAAUAUAAUGGAAAAGACAAAGUCAGUAAAUGAAACAUGUAUUCGUCUUAAUACAAGCUUUACAAAUAUUUGUGAGCGUUUAAACAGACUUGGCGACACAGUUGAUAAUGCAAGAACCAGACAAAAAGAUGUUAUGACAUUGGUAGAUCAAACAACUAGUACGUUUCAAGAAAAAAUUUUGAGUAUUUCAGAUACCAUUGAUGAAUCAUUAAAACAAGUGACUAUGGAGAAAAUAAGAACAAAACAAGAUUUAGAAACGUUAGAAAAUAAGUAUUCUCUAGAUAUUGUUACUUUGAAGACAAAUUUACAAGAGUGUAGUAAUGAAAUAGAAUAUUUAAAAAAAGAAAAUUGUUUUUUGUCAGAAAAACUGAAUGAUGCAAACUUUAAAUUAAAUGAAGAAAAAGAAACAGUAUUGAAUCUUAGUCAAAAUUUUGAAACAAAACUUGGAGAGAUUGAAGAUAAAAAUCUACAGCUUACUAAUCAUAAUAAAUCCAUAAAUGAAAAGUAUGAUGAAAUAAGAACUAAAAAUGAAACUUUAUUGGAUGAACUUGAUGUACUAAAAUCUUCUCUAAAUAAAAACAAAAAACAGCUAGAUAUGCAAUUAAAUAUGAUCAAAGAGCAAUCAGAAUUAUGUGAUAAUCUAAAAAAAAUUGAGGAAUUGAAUGAAAAAUUAAAAAAAGAUAAUUAUACAUUAAAAGAACAGAAUGAAUAUCUUGAAAAAAUAAAUACAAAUUUGGUAGAGGAUAUUAGCAAUAUUAAAUUGUCUCAACAUGAAAUUCAAGAAGAAACAGAAAAGAAAUUUAAAAAUAUGUGUGAAAAUUAUGACAAUUUAAUGAAACUGCAAGAUGAAGGAUUACAAGAUAUUACUAAAAAGUUAGAAUUACAAAAAGAAAAAGAAAAUCAAAAUCAAACUGAAGUAAUUGAAUUAAAACAAGAAAUUGAAACUUCUAAUAAAACAAUAAUUAGCUUACAAGGGGAAUUACAAGCUAAUAAUGUGUUAAUACCCGAAUUACAAAAUAAAAUAGAUGAAUUAAACACCAAUUUAGUUAAUAGUUAUCAAACGCUUAGAAACUCUACUCAAAUAUUAGUUGCAGAAAAAAAUGAACUGGAAAAAGAAAAAAUUGAACUAGAAAAUCAAAGCAAAGAGCAUUUUGGUCAAAUUGAAAAAUUAACUGCUAAUUAUAUGAAAUAUAAAUCAAAAGCUAAACAGUUAUACAUAGAAGUUAUGCGACUUAAAUAUCAAUGUUCUCGAUCAGAACCAAAAAAAAAAAUUCAACAACUUCCAACAUUAGACACCAUUGAGAUAUUAAGUGAUGAAGAUAAUAUUGAUGAUGAUGUGAGUAUAGUUGAGUUUAAUGACCAGGAUGUAUCAAACAUGAAUGUUAGUUCUACUUCAAGCAAACCUUUUCAAAAAUCUAACUUGUCAAGUUUAAAAAGAAGUUCACCUUUAAAUUAUACUGGUAAUUCUAAUGUGAAGAAACAUAUAACAUCUAUUGAUGUUACUACCUCACACAUAUUAAAAAAUAUUUCAUCAAAUGACUUAAAACAAAAAAAUAAUGAAAAACAAGUUGAGAGUUCAUUAAAUUCGUCAUUCAAAAGUAUUAGCUUAAAAUCCGAAGACAAAAACACCAAUAAAAUAGAGAAAAAAAUUGAGUACAGCCAAAAUUUAAACAAUCAAAAUAAUAAGAGUCAAAUUAAAUCAACUUCAAAUGCAGAUUUAAAUCCUUACACCAAAAAAAAAUUUAAAAUACCCGCUGAUAUUAAGAAAAAAAUUAAACCAACAAAUGUACAAAAGAAUGAUUGGACUAAACCAAACUCACCUGUUAUUAUUACUGCUCCUUCUCCUAAACUUAUUAAAUAAUUAAAAAGCUUUUGAAAAUUGUUAUGUUAAGAAAUGUCAAAAAAAAU